UUGCCCUCGACCACCUCGAUGCUGAAUGCUUUCUGCUGUGCCUGUGCAUUGUACUGUCCGGGGUGCAUAGCAGACGCGUCCUUCUCAUGGCGGAUUCAGAAUUUGAAGAGGACGCCAUCUCGACAGGUUUGCCCUGGUAUCGCGGUCCAACGGAUGCUCAGCCCUUCGUCCUGUCGAAAGUGUUGAGUUCUACUCAGGGAGCGUCGCCCCCUUUCCAUUGCACUGCAGCCUUUCCCUGGACAUCAUCCUCCAUGAGCAUAUUAUGGGACGGUCGCGUAACCGAUGAAAACAUCCUUGCGGACUGGGCAGAGACAGUGAAAGCCUACGCAGGCUCUGUCGCUAUUGGCAGUACAGGCGCAGUAUACGUCUUUCCGAAACUCGCUACCGCUAAGCCGUUCUGCGUGCGCCUGCCUGAUAAAACAUGGGACGUGCACAGUGUCGCUUGGGCGCUGAGUCCGCGACAUCCUGCCGGUCCUCUGAUUGUUUUUGCGCCCUCCAGCGUUGUCUUCAUCCUCGACGUGAAGAGCCGCCGACUUAUCGGCCGCCUACGAGGACACGGAGGCCCCAUCACGUCGAUAGCCAUUCAUCCUACGCACCCCUACCUCUUCUGCACGACCUCGCGUGACUUCACGAGUCGGAUAUACGACCUGACAUGCACCCCGCUGCAGCGCCCGGACAACCCGCAUUGGCCGCCGUCGAAGCAGCCUAGUCUCGCAGGGCCGGCGUUCGGGCUGCAGAUGACGGAGAGCGAGGGCGACGGGAUCGGCCAGUGUGUUGCCGUGCUUGUGGGCGGGAGGUCAGGCGGGCAUCGAGGUGCGGUGUUCUAUGCUGCAUUUCACAGGACGGAACCACUCAUAGCUACCUGCGGCAUGGACCGCGCGGUCAAGAUUUGGCGUAUUCCUCCACUUGUGGAGGGCCGCUUAGCCAGGGAAGACAAACCGCUCUUCAGCACGGACUACAUUCAUAAAGCCCGGGUCCUCUCUAUAGCAUGGCUGAGCCAUGAUAUCCUGAUAUCCCACAGCGCCCCUGCACCCAUGCGGCAGAGUGAGCGGCCAGAUGAUCAGUACACCGAGAACGGCACAGUCCAGGUCUGGCAGUGGUUGGGUUUCAACCGCUUCUUCCCGCCCGAUCGAGGCGACAAGCCAAUACCGAAAGUCAUGCGAGGCACUGCAAGCGACUACCGAAACAGCGAAUCCUUUAAGAUCCUCUCCGCCUACCACCUCCCGCUCACCGCACUCCACGCCGCGGUCUACACCUCGCCUACGCACACGCACGACCCGCUGCUCCUCGUGCCCGUGGGCAAGACCGUGCGCGUGUUCAAUAUAACGCACUUCCAGCCGCGCCCGCCCGUGCCGUUCCCGCUUGAGGAAGAGGAGGUCGUCGCACUCACGAAGCGGAUGCGGCUUGGCGAGGGCCAGGAGGAUGAGCCGACGGAGGAGGGCGGUGCGGCUUCUGGCUCGGGGCAAAGGCUGAAUGUAUUUGAGGAAGACGCGCCGAGAGAGGAGGAAGACCGAGCCGACGAGGAAGCCGACGAGGAGGACCAGCCCGACAAUGCGCCUGAGUGGGACGCGUACAGGGAGGGCUACAUGGGGCGCCACCGCUCCCGGCUGUUGGAGCUCUUCACGGCCGUCGAGGGCUGGGACAUCGACCUCGCGGCGGUGGACGCGGCGAGGCGCGCGGAGCUGCCGGACAUCAGGACGUGCGAGGUCGCCUCGGGCGGGAAGGUUAUUUUGGGCGCGGGCGAGAAGGGGACGUUGUACGUUUGGCGGAUUGAACGGUGAGAUGAUCAUGCGAUGGCGUGUGCUAUAAUUGUGCUGUCGUUAGGCUGCGUGUCGCUGUUGGUUUCCUGCGAUACCGAACUUGAAGGACUGAACCCGACACCGGGUUGACGUGGGAUACGUGGGAUACAUGCGGGGGAUCGACAUAUUGUGUCACCUGUCACUGUCAUGGGUACGGCAGAGUACGACGCCUCACAACGAACAUCACACACGUUCAUCUGUUGUCCAGUCUCGCACCAAUUGCAUUCCAGACGUGACGAGCUAACGACACAAAGAAAGAGGGGAACAGAGGGGACUCCGCAA